AUUCGUCCUUUUAGGUUAUAUAAAUAAAAUUAUAAUUCAAUUUUUAUUUACAAGUUAGAAAUUCAUUAUGCUAAAAAAGUUAUAAUAAUUUAAUUGAGCAACAUAUAUUCCCUAAUUAUGUACCGUUUCUCAAAAAUAAAUGAAGAACUCAAAAAAAUUUAUAGUACUUUUGCUCACUAUUUUUCUUUCGAUUCUUGCUGUAGCAAACUAUUUAUUUUACCUAAAAUUGACUGAAACAAAAAAUUUAUCAUUGAAAAUAGUUCCUGAAGUGAAUAACAGUAUAGAAGAACUCAUCAUAUUCCAUUCUAAAAAUCUUCAUGAUGCAUAUUAUCUUAAACCUAAGCCUAGUACUGAUAAAAAUACUGAAAUUUUCAUUCAAAAUAUCAGGAAGUAUAAUGUGUUGAGAAAUUUCACUUAUCUGUGGAAUCUAUCAAAUUCUUGGAUAUCGAACCAAUAUAUUGUGAGUCACAAACAUGAAGAAAUUGGAAAUAUAUUUAGAGCUCUAAAAUUUGCUCCAAUAAUAAAAGCAGAUUUGGAUGGGAGAGGUAGUCAACUAAAGUUUCUAUUAACAUUGCAGGGAAAUCAAGAAGUUAUUUUUAAACCAAAAUGGUAUGAAAAAGAAAGAAUUUUGAAAGGUCCUGUUUAUGGUGGAAAAGAUAGACACACCUCCGAGAUUAUAGCAUUUUACUUAUCUGUUAUUUUAAAUUUACCUUUUGUUCCAUAUUGUGUUGAAAGAAAAAUAUCAGUGAGAAAAAAUAUUUUACCUGUUGCUUCUAAAAGAUUUUUAGAGACUACAUAUACCAUUGAAAAUAAGACGUGUGUUUAUGGAAAAUGCUUUUAUUGUUUUAAAAAAGAUGCCAUAUGUACAGAUCAGUAUGAUACUCUGACAGGAGCUGUGAUAUUUAAUAUUAAGAAUAAACUGAAACUUUCAAAGUCACCUUGGAUGAGAACUUACAAAAUUGGAAAACUUGCUGAAUGGGAACAGAAUGAAUCAUAUUGCAAGAUUGUCCAGAAAAGCGUUUCGAAAAAACAUUUGUUAGACAUGGUAGAUACAGCAAUUUUCGAUUUCUUUAUACAGAAUGGUGAUCGCCAUCAUUAUGAAAUUAUGGAUGGAAAAAUACUACUCAUUGAUAAUGGAAAAGGUUUGGGGAAUCCUUACGAACAUCAUAUUGAUAUAUUAGCACCAUUGUAUCAAUGUUGUGUAUUGAGGAAAAAAACUUGGAGAAGAUUAUUAACUCUCAAUAAUGAUAAAAUAAGCAAGUACCUGAGAGUUAUGCCUGAUGUUACAGAUUUUUUAUCAGAAGAACAUUUGCAAGCAAUUGACAAAAGGCUUUUAUUGAUUUUUGGAACGAUAGAAUAUUGUGUAAAUAAAAAGAAAAUGCUCUUUAUUUAGUUAUAUUGCUAAAUAUUAUAAUUUUUGUAUAUUACGAAAUUUUACCUAAAAAACAAUAUUUUAAAAUGUAUAUUUCAAUACAUUUUCCAAUGAA